AUGGAAACCCUAAAUUCCGGUUUCCUCCCAAAACAAACCAUUCCAUCAUAUAAAAUCCACCAAAAUAUCAACCAAAAACCUAUUAUCAUCAAAGUAAACUCUUGUUUUACAACUUCUCAUCCCAUAAAAAACCCUGAAGUUCUCAAAGGUCCACCCACCAAAAAGAGAAGAAACCAAUCCUUUCUUGCAACCAUCUUCAACAACCUAGACCACUUGAUAUGCACCUUCCUAGACCCACCCCUCCGCCCGGCCAUCGACCCGAACCACGUCCUCUCCGGCAGCCUAGCUCCCGUGUCGGAGCUCCAACCCACCCCAUGCACCGUAACGGAGGGCUCCCUCCCGCCCUGCCUCGACGGCAACAGGAUGGUCCACGUCAUCAAAAUAUCUCAAGGCAAACCACCCACCUUCUGCUGCCGCUACGUCAGUACGCACAAACACGCAGCCGAGCGUGACGCCGGCUACCCCUUCGUCCCCAGCGUCUUCUCCUCCUUCACCUGCGCCCCGGCCUCCACAGCCCGCGCCGCGCUCCUCGCGGCCCGCGUGAUCUCCGGCCAGCUCGAUCCGGCCAAUUGCCGCUUCGGCGCCGCAAACACGAGCUUAGCCCUAAUUUCUGGCCGCCUCUUCUCCCUAUGCGAGUCUGAUCUCCCCUACGCCGUCGAAUUGACGGCGGACGGGGAUUUGAAAACCCUAGCCGCGAAGCCGGCUUUGGAUCCGCUGCCGACGAUCCGUUUUCAACGAUGA